UCAUUUGGCGCCCUGUAUAUCUCAGAAGUGCAGAAGGAAGACGCUCUGUCCACCUACCGCUGCAUCACAAAGCACAAGUACAGUGGAGAGACCCGCCAGAGCAAUGGAGCCCGGCUCUCUGUUAUGGACCCUACGGAGUCCACCCCGUCAGUGCUGGACAGUUUCCAGUCCGGUGAGGUGCAGGUGGGGCACAGCGUGGAGCUGCCCUGCGUCGCCUCCGGAUACCCGAACCCCACCAUCCGGUGGCUGAAGGAUGGCCGGCCGUUACCCGCGGACUCCCGCUGGACACGGCGCAUCACCGGCCUCACCGUCUCUGACCUGAGACUGGAGGACAGCGGGAACUACAUCUGCGAGGUCACCAACAGCUUCGGCUCCAAAGAGGUGACGGGUCACCUCAACGUUAUAGAGCCACUGAGGGUCACCUUGUCCCCCAAGAACCUGAAGACGGGGAUCAGCAGUACGGUCAUCCUCUCCUGCGCCGUCCAAGGUUCCCCACACUUUACCGUGUCCUGGUACCGAAACACGGAACCGGUCCUGCCCGAUCAGCACUUUUCCAUCCAGGGGGCUCACAAUGAGACGCUCUUCAUUUCCGCUGCACAAAAGAGACACUCGGGGGCUUACCAGUGCUUUGCUACACGCAAGGGACAGACCGCCCAGGACUUCUCCAUCAUACUGCUGGAAGACGGCACGCCCCGUAUCGUCGCCUCCUUCAGCGAGAGGGUGGUGGUCCCGGGCGAACCCUUCUCCCUGAUGUGCGCCGCCAAAGGGGCGCCGCCGCCCACCAUCACCUGGACCCUGGACGACGAGCCGGUGGCCCGGGACCUGUCGCGGGUCCGGGCCAGCCAGUACACCCUCUCUGACGGCAGCACCGUGAGCCACGUCAACGUCAGCAGCCCGCAGAUUCGCGAUGGAGGAGUGUAUCGGUGCGCCGCACGAAACUCGGCCGGUAGUGCUGAGUACCAAGCGCGCAUAAACGUAAGAGGUCCUCCAAGGAUUCGGCCGAUGAAAAACAUCACAGCUGUGGCAGGAAGAAACACCUUCAUAAACUGCCGUGUGAUUGGUUACCCGUAUUACUCAAUCAACUGGUACAAGGAGGGACUUCUGCUGCCUGACAAUCAUCGCCAGGUCGUGUACGAAAAUGGGACGUUAAAACUCAGCGACGUCCAGAAGGGGAUGGACGAAGGGGCCUAUGUGUGCAGUGUGCUGAUCCAACCACAGCUAUUCAUCACACAGACUGUUUAUGUCACUGUCAAAGUUCCCCCACUGAUCCAGCCAUUCGACUUUCCGCCGACGUCCAUCGGUAAAUUGAUGUACAUCGCCUGCGUGGUGUCGUCCGGAGACAUGCCCAUCCGUAUCACAUGGCGUAAGGAUGGCCAGGAGAUUGUGCCUUCCUCGGGCAUCACCAUCGACACAAAAGAGUUCAUGAGCUCCCUCCAGAUAUCCAAGGUGUCCCUCAAACACAACGGCAACUACACCUGCAUCGCCAGCAACGACGCUGCCACUGUCAGCACAGAGAGGCAGCUCACAGUCACAGUGCCUCCUCGGUUUGUGGUUCAGCCCAACAACCAGGAUGGGAUCUAUGGGAAGGCAGGGAUCCUGAAUUGUUCUGUAGAUGGAUACCCUCCUCCUAAGGUCAUGUGGAAGCACGCCAAAGGUGCACUAGCGGGCAUCGGAAACCCUCAGCAGUACCACCCUGUGCCUCUCACCGGCCGAAUUCAGAUUAUGGGUAACGGCUCUCUACUUAUCAGACAUGUUCUGGAAGAGGAUCGCGGCUUCUACCUCUGCCAGGCCUCCAACGGGGUCGGCUCGGACAUCAGCAAGAGCAUGGUCCUCACAGUGAAGAUCCCUGCAAUGAUCACCAGCCACCCAAACACCACCAUGGCUAAGAAGGGUCAUGUGAAGGAGCUGAACUGCACGGCCAGGGGAGAAUGGCCUAUCAUCAUCCGCUGGGAAAGAGGCGACACAGUCAUUGACCCUGACCGCAACCCCCGCUACUCAAUUACCACGAGUCCCAACGAAAAGACGGACGAGGUGUUGUCUACACUCAAGUUGAAGCCAGCAGAGCGUGAGGAUUCAGUCUUUUUCUCCUGUCAUGCCAUCAACUCUUACGGAGAAGGACGAGGCCUCAUCCAGCUCACCGUGCAAGAGCCUCCAGACCCUCCGGAGUUGGAGGUGCGAGAAGUGAAAGAUCGAAGCAUGAAUCUCAGAUGGACGCAAAGAUUUGAUGGAAACAGCGUCAUUACCUCCUACGAUAUUGAAUACAAAAACAAGACGGAUUCCUGGGAGCUGAAGCACGCCACUCGAAACAUCUCUCCCACCAACAAUCAGGCCAACAUCGUGGACCUCCACCCAGCGUCCGUCUACAGCAUCCGCAUGUACUCCUACAACGCCAUAGGCAAGAGCGAGGCCAGCAAGGAGCUCACCAUCAGCACGGAGGAAGCGCAGCCUGAUGGUCCUCCGAUGGAUGUGAUCCUGCAGCCGGUGACCUCUCAGAGUAUCAGAGUCACCUGGAAGGCACCCAGGAAGGAGCUGCAGAAUGGCGUAAUCCGAGGUUACCAGAUCGGAUACAGAGAAAACGGCCCGGGCAGCAACGGCCAGUACAGCAUUGUGGAGAUGAAAGCGACUGGAGACAGCGAAGUCUACACUCUGGACAAUCUGAAAAAGUUUGCCCAGUACGGCGUGGUUGUCCAGGCCUUCAAUAGAGCCGGCACCGGGCCUUCCAGCUCGGAGAUCAACGCUACAACCCUGGAAGACGUUCCCAGUCAGCCACCGCAGAAUGUGAGGGCCAUCUCAGUAACAUCUGACGAGGCGGUGAUCACGUGGGCUGAGCCUCCCCGGCUGACCCUGCACGGCGUGCUGAAGGGAUACCGCGUUGUGUUUUGGGCCGUCUUCCCCGAUGGAGAGUGGGGUGAAAUGCAAAAUAUCACCACCAUUAAGGAGCAGGUGGAGCUCAGAGGCCUGGAGAAGUUCACCAACUACAGCAUUCAGGUGCUGGCCUACACACAGGCUGGCGAUGGCGUCCGGAGCAACGUCCUCUAUAUCCAAACCCGAGAAGACUACCCCGGGCCCCCAGCUGGCAUCAAAGCUGUGCCCUCCUCUGCCAGCAGUGUGGUGGUGUCGUGGCUGCCUCCUCACAAGCCAAAUGGAAUCAUCCGCAAGUACACCAUCUACUGCUCCAGCCCCGGGUCAGGCCAACCGCUGCCAAGUGAAUAUGAAGCCAACCCGGAGCUGCUGUUUUACCGGAUCACUCAUCUCAACCACCGGCAGCAGUACCUGAUCUGGGCUGCAGCCGUCACCACUGCCGGCCGGGGCAACUUCAGCGACAAGGUCACAGUGGAGCCAGCAGCCAAAGCGCCUGCUAAAAUCCUGUCGUUCGGGGGCACUGUCACCACUCCUUGGAUGAAGGAGGUGCGUCUGCCGUGCAGCUCAGUAGGAGAACCUUCGCCCACUAUAAAAUGGACUAAAGACAGCGAGGACACGGCGAUCCCAGUGUCUCUGGAUGGACAGCGGCUCAUUAUGGCCAACGGGACUCUGGUGCUGCGUUCUGUCAAAGCAGAAGAUUCGGGUUACUACACCUGCACGGCCACCAACACGCUGGGCUUUGACACGAUUAUCGUGAAUCUUUUGAUACAAGUUCCUCCGGACCAGCCUCGACUCACCGUCUCCACAACCUCCACUUCCUCCAUUACUCUGGCCUGGAUACCAGGAGACAACGGCGGCAGCUCCAUCCGAGGCUUUGUGCUUCAGUACUCUGUUGACAACACAGAAGAAUGGAAAGACGUUUUCAUCAGUUCCAGCGAACGCUCCUUCAAACUGGACAACUUGCGCUGUGGCACCUGGUAUAAAGUCAAGCUGGCUGCGAAGAACAGCGUCGGAGCGGGACGCAUCAGCGAGAUCAUUGAGGCAAAAACUCACGGGCGAGAGCCGCAGUUCAACAAAGACCAGCCCGUCUUCACGCACAUCAACUCCAGCCACGCCCGCCUCAACCUGCAGGGCUGGGCCAGUGGAGGCUGUCCAAUCAGUGCAGUCACGCUGGAGUUCAGACCAAAGGGUACCUGGACGUGGCAGACCGUGCGCACCAACGCCACCACAGACGUGUUCCUGGCAGAGCUGCGUGAAGCAACCUGGUAUGAGCUGAAAAUGAAGGCGUGUAACAGUGCUGGCUGCGGAAACCAGAGCUCCCAGUUUGCAACACUGGACUAUGAUGGCAGCACAAUUCCCCCAAUUAAAUCCCCGCUGGAGAAGAAUGACGACGUCAAAAAGCUGUUUUCAAUUGGCUGCCCUGUCAUCUUGGUCACCCUGGGUGUGGCGCUGCUCUUCAUAAUUCGCAAGAAGCGCAAAGAAAAGAGGCUGAAGAGACUCAGAGAUGCCAAAAGCUUGGCAGAGAUGCUCAUCAGUAAAAACAACCGCAGCUUUGACACCCCCGUUAAAGGACCUCCGCAGGGCCCACGGUUACACAUCGACAUUCCCCGAGUGCAGCUGCUUAUUGAGGACAAAGAGGGCAUCAAGCAAAUCGGUGAGGACAAGGCCACGAUCCCUGUGACUGACACAGAGUUCAACCAGACUGGAAACCCUCAGAGCUUCUGCACCGGUGUGUCUGUCCAUCACCCCGCCCUCAUCCAGAACACCGGUCCUUUGAUUGACAUGUCUGACAUCAGGCCGGGAACUAACCCAGUGUCGAGGAAGAGCGUGAAAUCAGCACACAGCAUCAGGAAUCGGUACUCCAGUCAAUGGACUCUAACCAAGUGCCAGGCUUCCACGCCAGCCAGGACCCUCACCUCAGACUGGCGCACGGUCGGCUCCCAGCACGGCAUCACUGUCACAGAGAGCGACAGCUACAGCGCCAGCCUCUCCCAGGACACAGAUAAGGGGCGCAAUAGCAUGGUGUCCACAGAGAGUGCCUCCUCCACCUACGAAGAGCUGGCAAGAGCGUACGAGCACGCCAAGCUGGAGGAACACCUGCAACACGCCAAAUUUGAGAUUACAGAGUGCUUUAUCUCAGACAGCUCAUCUGAUCAGAUGACCACAGGUACCAAUGACAAUGCAGACAGCAUGACGUCAAUGAGCACACCGUCAGAGCCUGGUAUCUGUCGCUUCACUGCCUCGCCACCCAAACCCCAAGACUACGACCGUGGCAAGAAUGUAGCUGUGCCCAUUCCACACCGCGCCAAGAGUGACUAUUGCAACCUACCCCUCUACAUGAAGUCAGACCCUUUUUUCCGAAAGCAGUCAGAGCAUCAUGAUCCAUGUCCAGUGGUUCCGCCACGUGAAGCCUCUAUUCGUGGCCUGGCUCAGAGGGCAUACCACACCCAGGGCCGUCAUGUGACUAUGGACUCUGCGAAGCAGCAGGCUCUAACAAUGGGCCACGCUGGCCUGUCCAACCUCACCUCCUCUGGGGCUUCCUCUGGAGGGGCGAGCGGAGGUGGAGGUGGUGGGAGCGGAGGGGGUGUCUGCUAGCUCCAGCAGCUCCACACUU